AAACAACGUAGUGUAGUUCCGAAAAUCAUUUGAGUGCCUUCCCGGUUGAAUUUUUAGCUUAAAUUUGGUAUGACGAAACUAGACUUAAUGAAGAAGAUGCUCAAAAAAAUUCAUCAAAAAAUUCCACCGAGAACCUCCCCAAAUGACGAUGAUCGGACAGAACCUUCUACAAAAGGGCUUAUAUGCACUUUUUUUAUUAGUUCGAGGGCUUAUUUGCCCCUUCUCCCUUUAUAUUAUUAUACGAAGCAUGUGAUAUCAUCUUUUUCAAUUUGUCCUUGAGCGAGAAUAUUUUUUAAUAUCACUCUUCUAGACUUGGAUUCGAAUCUCAUCAUAAAUAAUUUUUAACUAUACUUUUAUUUUUUCGUUGCCCUUUAUGUGGUACCUACUCCAGAAAUAUUUUCCCAUUGGAUAUGGCCAAAUUUUUCUUCUUCGUUAUCCCAAAAAUCUUUGUCACUUUCUUAUUAAAAUAACUAAUUCUUCUCAUUUCUCUCCUCUUUACAAACUUCAACCACAUGACUUUCACUUUUUCAUUUUUCACCUAAUUCUAACUUAGCAAAGUUCACCGGGGCGGACAUUAAAUCCUUUCCGUCUAUAUUUUAUAUUUAUAUUCAGCGUAUUCAAUUUAAUAAAAAUUGUGGAGAUUGGGCAGAAGACAUGGGCGUACACCGAGCCUGACUCAGGAAUUUGGAAAUGAACUGUUUUUGGCUAAAAUCUAAAAGGGCAGGUGAAUGAUAGCACUUUAGAUUUCCACAACUCCACAAGACGGCAACGGUUGUAAAUGCUCUAGUUGCCAAUCUUGUCCGCAAUGCAGGAGGAAUUUUUCCUACUGAAACAAAUCUUUUCCGCAAAAAUUAUUGAACAUCAAAGAACCAUUAAGAGACAAGGGCUUGAUUUUGUUGACUUAAGGAAAGAGAUGUUACAGAGCUAAAAACUCCAUUGUUCCAACUUCCAAGUAAGGCUAGUGGACACAGACUGGUCAAGGUCCCAGUGUUGUGUAUCCGGGAACCGUACAACCGGUUCCAACCAGUUCAUCGGGCAUUUUAGCACCAUGCAGCUAUAUCAUCAGUGGAGGCCUAUCAUAUACUAUGCAUGAUCAGUCUGUAAUACAGAAACUUCAAAUGAAGAUGGAGCACACCUAGCAUUUGUCAAAAAGCGUCACCAAAUCAAAAGCUAUAUUGUUGUUUCCAGGCUAAAAAAGAUCUCGAAGCUCUUGCCAUGGCCCGUCAUAACGUUGAUUUCUUGCAAACAAAGCAACUAUUGGCCAUUGAGGAAACUACCAAACUGGAUGCUACCAACCUGGAUGCUGUCAGCUCGCUGCCUAACACUGCCUUUGAGGAAACCCGAGGGGACUUAGCCUUUAAUGGUGGCAAAGGUUACCUUGUUACGAAUAUGUAUGAGAUGGGUAUUGACGAUGUUGUCACCAUGGUCCUCUUGGACGAGAAGAACCGGACAAUUGUGUACGCUUGGGCACCGGAUGAGGUUCCUAAGGGGGUGGACACGGUUAAAUUGGGGUCAAAGAUGGAAUCAGUCUCCUUUGAUGAAACCGGAGUCACUUUUACUGAGGAUUUUCUCCUCAGUUUCAUGGAGGUUAAAAAGAAUGGUGAAUGGUAUGAUUUUGAUAAACCUACUUUUGUUAAACGUGUCCUAUCUUUCUUUGAUGCUAGCUAGGGAAGGAAUAAGAAGUACCUUACGGAAAUGCGAAGAAGAGCGAUUAAGGAAAAGAAGGAGAAAGGAGGGAUAGAUCCCGAAGAUGAGUCUUAUGCAUCGGAUCUCUAUCUUUCUUGAUUUUGGAGUAUGCUUCGCUUUUCUACCUUUAAUGAUGAUCAAGAUUGCAACACGGAAUGUAAGAGGUUUGAAAAAACCCUCUAAACAUAGCUCGAUUAGUAAUUUUAUUAGGAGUAAUCAUAUUACUUUGUGUUUUUUUUAGAGACUAAAAUGUCUUCGGUUGAGACAAUAGAGAUUAAAACUGCUCUAUUUGACAUCGGCAAUGAUAAGGCACCAGGACCGGAUGUUUAUUCAUCCGC